UGCUCUGUUUUUAAAGACCGGUUCUUCAUGUCCAAAGAGAAGAUUUCUUUAUUCACCACUUCAUGUGACGGUGACAAAAGUAACGACAAGGGAGAAUUGUGUGUGUUUUACAAAUGUGAAAAGGACAGCCUAGUCAAGGAAGUCCUGGGCAAGAGACCUGGAUGGACCGAGGUCAGCAAUGAUUAUGAAUGGGACUUUCAUUGGUGCAAUGUCACGUGGCUCAGAAAGAAAUUUGUCCAUUCACAGAUGAAGAAAAACGCAAGGAUAAAUCACUUUCCGAACAACUACGAACUCACUAUGAAAAACCUCAUGGCAAGAAACCUUAGAAAAUACCAGAAAAUGUCUUCCAAGGAUUCAUCGUGCCUCGGCGUGUAUGACUUCUUCCCUGAAACUUUUCAGAUGCCAAUAGACUACCAUCUCUUUGUGGAGCAUUUUAAGCGAUACCCAGGCAGCAUCUGGAUUAUGAAGCCCGCUGCAAGCUCCCAAGGAAAAGGCAUCUUUUUAUUCAAAGACCUUAAGGACAUCAUGAAUUGGAAAAAGACCCGGGUAACUCCAAAGGAGGGAAAAGAGGAACUUAAGCCACCAGUCUAUGUGGCCCAGCGCUAUAUUGAGGACCCAUAUCUUAUCAACGGGAGGAAGUUCGACCUCAGGAUUUAUGUGCUGGUCACAUCAUUUACUCCUUUGAAAGCGUGGCUCUAUCGAGAUGGCUUUGCCCGCCUAUCUGGCCCCCGUUUCUUCCUGAACAGUAUCCACGAUAAAUUUGUCCACCUCACAAAUGUUGCCAUACAAAAGAAAGCACCAGGCUAUGAUGGCGACAAGUUCGGGAAGUGGAACUUGCAGCAGCUUCGAAGAUACUUGACUGCAAAGCACCAUCGCGCAGACGUAGAAAUGCUGUUUAAAAUGAUCGAUAACAUAAUCAUCAGCAGCCUGUUGAGUGUGCAAAACAUCAUCAUAAAUGACAAACAUUGCUUUGAGCUGUACGGGUACGACAUUUUACUGGAUCAGUAUCUCAAACCAUGGCUGAUCGAGGUCAAUGCAUCUCCGUCAAUGACACCCAGCAGUCAAGACGAUCACUUAUUGAAGUACAGGCUUCUGGAAGACACUUUGAACAUCAUAGAUAUGGAGGGAAGGCUCUCGGGCUCAGAGAAGAGAGUGGGUGGAUUUGAUCUAAUAUGGGACGAUGGGCUCGUGUUUCGAGAGGAUGUUGACAUGGACAGGUUGGGGAUGUCAACAAUCAUCGCCAAUUCUCACUUGGGUUGUGUGAAUGACAGAGAAAACCAUAUAUAUCAGCUUUGGAAACCAUUUUCUUAUCUUUAAAGAGUAAGAUGAAACAGCACUGAUGUACGUCUAUCAUGGUUGGAGUGUGUUCAGACGACUGAAGGAGCGAGUGUAAUAUCUUAAACUUGACCCACAUUGGUGAAAGUAGCUGGGGGUCUCUCAUUCAGCGGGAAUUCUGUGUGUUGUGUGUCUUUGUUGAAACUUAGCUGGUGCUCCAUCUUCACAGCUCCUCUGUUCUCCACCUCAUUGUAAUCUCUAAUAUAGCCCACAGCAGAGAACAUGAGAAGCCGAUGGUAUCCAGGCUUCAGCCUGAAGUCCACACCGAGUGGACAGUGAAUAGCUAUCACGUCCAGUUGCUGCGCCCGCAGAAGGGGACACACAUUGUACAGGCAGUGGAAGGUUAUUUAUUUUCAUCCUGAAACUGAGGAUUGAACUGCAGACGGAAUAUGUACAUGUUACGCAUGUAAAUAUUUGUUUAAUAUCAAGUUGUAUUAAGAAAAAUGUAACUGGCCACACAAGUAUUGUGUUUAAAUGUCGCCAUUUAUUGUAUUCAACUUUGAGAGAGAAGUUUUUUCAGACUCACGACUGGUCUCGGGUGAGCUGACUAGAU